AUGUCGGAAAGAUCGUCACGUGAAACCCUUAAUGCUUUUUGUGAUGGAGUCAUUAAGUUGUAUCGGCAUGAAUAUUUGCGUAGGCCAACGCGUACUGAUACGCAACGCAUUCUUGAUCAUCAUGCGUCUUAUCAUGGUUUCCCCAGCAUGUUAGGGAGUCUUGAUUGUACACACUGGGCUUGGGAUAAUUGUCCAGUAGCUUGGCGUGGCCUAUACACGCGAGGUGAUCAUCACGGGACGACGAUAUCGCUUGAAGCAGUUGCAUCACAGGAUUACGGCACAACACCGUUGGUUCCAUUCACUGUAAAUGGAACCGAAUAUCAGUACCCGUAUUUUCUCGUGGAUGGGAUCUACCCAAGAUAUGCGAUGUUUGUGAAAACGAUUUCCCAUCCAACCGGUGAGAAAAGGAUUCGAUAUGCUAAGGCACAGGAGGCUGCAAGGAAGGAUGUGGAGCGAGCUUUUGGUAUUAUAAAAAAAAAAUGGAAAAUACUUAGAGAACCGGCACGACAAAUGGAAGAAACCCCCAUCCGUAAGAUUAUGUAUGCGUGUUGUAUUCUUCACAACAUGAUUUUAAAAGACAAGGAACACGCUAUAAGUCCUGAUUACAUUCCAUAUCCCCCUGUUGCGCCACAGCCAUCGGAUGAACGACUGUUUGAGAUACAGAACCCAAACGUUCGCGACGAUCUUAAGAUGGAUCUCAUUGACCAUAUUCAUCGCACAUUCAUCUCGGGCAUCGAUCGCUAG